CAUAUAUUGUUUCUUUUCAAUUAUUUGAAAAUGAAAAUGAAAAAAACAUAGCUUUACAUAUGAAAAAGACACACGCACACAAGUAAAGACACUAGAGGGAGUAAACAAGAAGAAGAGUCACCGACGAUCACCGCCACCGUCCGAUCAUGUCUACGGCUCUUAUUAGCUCUCUCACCUACUACCUCUCCGAACAUCCAUACAUCGUCGGUUUCCGCUGGGGCCACAGCCAAUCAUGGGGCUCCACGUGGUCAUUUCUCAUCACCUCGAUAUUUCUCUACAUCGCCGUCUCCUCCUCCCUCCACAUCAUCCUCUCCGCCUUCCUCCCCCGUAACCGCUCCGUUUCUUUAGGCCACAUCCCAGAUAUCCAUAGCCUCCUCAUGUCAAUCCUCUCCGCCACCAUUUUCGCCGGAAUCCUCCUCUCCACCGCCGCGGAAAUACGCGACACACGGUGGUUCUGGCGCCGGAGCAAAACCGCCACUCCUCUCCAGUGGCUCCUCUGCUUCCCGCUCGGCACGCGCGCCUCCGGUCGCGUCUUCUUCUGGUCCUACGUGUUUUACCUCACGCGGUUCCUCCACAUGCUCCGAACGAUCUUCGCCGUCUUCUGUCGCCGGAGGCUCGCCGUGUCUCAGCUCUUCUGCAACUCCGCCAUGGCGUUCACGUCUUUCCUCUGGCUCGAGUUCUCGCAGUCGUACCAGGUUCUGGCCAUUCUGUCGACGACGCUGGUUUACUCUGUCGUUUACGGUUACAGAUUCUGGACCGGGUUUGGUUUACCCGGUUCGACAUUUCCUUCGUUCGUGGUGAAUUGUCAGCUGGUUCUCGUGGUUUGUAAUCUCGUGUCCCACGCUGGGGUUCUUGCGAUGCACCUCAUUAAAGGCGGAUGCAAUGGGAUCGGCGCGUGGGGUUUAAACUCUGUCCUCAACGGUGCGAGUUUGUUGCUUUUUCUUAAUUUUUACAUGAGAAUGCAUUCGCCGAUGCGACGUCAUUUUAUCAACACUUCGCCGGAACUUGAACCUAGUAAUGCAAAAGAAUUAACUUUCGAGGAUUAGGGUGGUUCUUGGGUUGAUCCUUUUUUCUUCUUCUCAAUAAGACAAAUAUUAACCUUAAUCACUUAUAAAAAACUUUGUAACUCUC